AUGACGGGACAGAGAGAUGAGGACAUACCUGAAACAGGUGCCAUCUUCACAUUUGGAAGGAGCGGAUUUGCUGACAAUGUGCCUUGUAAAUUCUGGCUGAAAAAUGACCAACCAGUGCAAGUAUCCUGCGGCGGAGAGCACACUGCUGUCAUCACAGGAAAUGGCAGGCUGCUAAUGUUUGGUGAUAAUACUUGGGGCCAACUUGGGCUUGGAUUGAAGCAUGCUGCAAGCAAACCUGCCUCAGUGAAAGCCUUAAAGCCUGAGAAGGUGAAGCUAGUAGCUUGUGGGAGAGAUCACACAAUUGUCUGCACAGAGCAGGGACGUCUGUAUGGUGCUGGCAAUAACCAGGAUGGGCAGCUGGGUUUGGGCCACUGCAACAGAAUUACAUCUUUUCACCUGCUGCGUCCUUUCUGUGACCAUGCACCAAUCAAAAUGCUCUCUGCAGGAUGCAACACCUCAGCUGCCUUAACAGAGGAUGGGAGGCUGUUCAUGUGGGGAGACAACUCUGUGGGUCAGAUUGGAUUGGGGGAUGAAGGAUUUGCCGCAGAACCCAAAGAGGUGGAUGUUGGGGAAGCUGUGAUGUGGGUUUCCUGUGGGUACCACCACUCAGCGUUUGUCACAGUGGAUGGAGAUCUCUAUACAUUUGGUGAGAGUGAGCAUGGGAGGCUCGGUCUCCAUGAGGAGCAGCUGGCCAAUCCCAGAGUCCCUCAGAGGGUGCAAGGGAUUCUGGGUCAUGCCAUCCAGGUGUUUUGUGGAGGGGAGCACACUGUGGCACUCACAGAGGAGAGUGUGUACACUUUUGGAAGGGGUCAGUACGGACAGUUGGGCCAUGGGACCUUUCUGUUUGAAGCUGAAUUGCCAAAAACACUCCAGCACUUUUUUAACACUGGCAUCAAGCACAUAUCCUGUGGAGAGAACCAUACUGCUGUAAUCACAAGCGAUGGGCUUCUCUACACGUUUGGGGAUGGUCGACAUGGGAAAUUGGGAUUAGGAGAGGAGAACUUCAUCAACCGCUUCAGCCCGACACUCUGCACACGAUUUCUCCAGUACAACGUUCAGUUAGUGUCCUGCGGUGGUGACCACAUGUUGGUACUGGCUUCACCCAGACCCCCAGAGAUCCAUGACGACAUGCCAGAAAAGGACGACAUGUCUACAGAGGACUUUUUAGAAUCAAGAUACACAGAACUUCUCCUUCUGGAUACUUUGAUUGGUCCUAAUACACUUGUCCCACUACCAGCCCUGUCUGCUCGAGCCCGCCACAGAGAAAAAGGGAGCUCUGUGGAGCUGUUUGGGGAAAUGUUUCAAAACCUCCCACGUCUAAACUCUGACUUCCUCAGCACUUCAUGGCAAACUUCAAGAAACAUCCCAACCCCAAAAGCCCUUUCAAAGGACAAAACCUCCCGUUCUUCAUCCCCUAAACCACAAUCAGUAGGAACACCAAGCCCGGUAUUAUCCUCCAAGCCUUCAAGCCCACGGUCACGAUCAUCCAGCACAUUAAGGAAUAAAUCCUCGAGAGCUUCUUCCUUUAAGUCUAAUUCCAAAGAGUUGCUUUCUCCAUUACUCUCACCAAAGUCUAUAACUAAACAAAGACGCUAUAUCACAGCAACUCCUACAAAAACUACAAAGAAAACCACUAAAAAGGCCUUAAGUGAAAAAUCAACUAAGGAACCCAGUUUCACAUCCAGACCCUCCAGUGGUAUCUCAUAUCAAGAUCUCAAUGACAACGAUCACCUGGUUUCACCACAAGCAGAGGUAGAAAAUUCUCAGACGGAGAUUGGAACAGAAGAGGUGAAGGAGAUGAUCCGUGAGAAAGAGGACAACUCUGAUGGUUCGCCCAUUAUGGGAAAGAAGAAGGGCCGAGCUCUCAGGAGAAAAAUUAAAGAGGCGGAGGCUUUUAUGGAUCAGUCCAAUGGGAAGGCAGACCAGAGUUCUCAGAAAGCCUUACCAACAGAGCUUCAGAGAGGCUCCAGCUCCUCAAAGAAUGACGUGUCUCCUCUGAGGAGCCCGAAGAGUCCGAGAAGCCCUAAAGUCACAUCCAAAGGAAAAGAGAAUAUUUCUAAGAGGUCUAAUAGGAUAAAAAAUGAUGAUGACAGACAACCUCUGAAGGCACCCUCCCAGUUUAAUUCUAAACAACAUGAUAAAAGCAAGUUAUUACAAUCAAGCCAAACAUCUCCCCAGUCUGUUCAGAAGACCCUGACAGAGGUGCAGCAGAGACUGACUGAAGUGAAGGAAAAUGUCAAGAGAAAUAGACACACUUUGAAGAAAGAUUCUUUUGGAACUCCAAAAAAUGAGAAAAUUUAUUCCCCAGCCUUUGACAGAGCGUCUCCUGCUAUUACGGUCACUGAAGUUAAUGAAAUGACCAGCAUAUCCGUACUAAGUGGAAGUCCAAUACCUGUAAGAAGCGAUUCAAACGACGAUUCGGAAAUAACUGAUGUCAAACCUGUUGAAGUGGAGAUGCAACAGGAGACUCAACAAGUCCCAUCAACUCCAACAAAAGAGUUAAAUAUAGCAUCUGUAUCAAGAAACAGUCAAAGUAGAACACCAUCAAUGGAAAAUGAUACCACACCUGUCAAUACACCUGUUCAGGCUAAGAAAUCAAAAAGAGGUACACCUACAACUGCAAAGAAGAAACCACAAAAAGGGGAAUCCACACCUGUCAAAAGUGUCAGUAAAUUUGCGAAAACAACUCAAGUCGAGAGUAAAAGCAAAAACAAAGCGGUCUCAAAUGAGUUAAGUCCUGCAAUAAGCACACCCCAAAGAGCUAAAGGCAGAACUGCAGAUAAGCAGAAGCUAUCUGAUGUUGACAGCAGUGAAGAUAAGAGCAAAAAGAAGGCAAAAGACUCUAAACCAAAGACAAAAACAAAGCCAGUAGAAGAAGAAAACAAGGCAGAAAAGGAAGAUAAUGGUGACUCUAAAGAUAAUAAGAGGGCCAAGCCAGGAAAUAAGCAGACUGAAGCUUCUAUUCCACUGUUAUCACAGCAGGAUGCAUCUUUUGAAGUGCAGAGUAAUUCCAUUUCCUCACGAAACUCUGAGAGAAAAGAGGUGGUUUCUGCCCGCGGUGCCAAAACCCCGCCAGGCUUUGAACCUGGUGAUAGAGAUCUGUUGGUUUCUGAAACAAGCAAAGAAGAAGAAAAACCAAGCUUGGGGGAAAUCUUCAGUACAGCAGUCACUCUCCUUCCUGCUGUGGGGAUUGCAGGUGCAGCUAUGGGGUUACUACAUGAGACAGUGACAAACGUAGCUGAGUUCCAGUCUGACAGUGACACAGGCACACCCUUACCGACUGCAACACCCGUUCGAAUGAAGCAGUUCACAAAGCAGAGAGCAAUAACAGGGCCCUCCUUUUCCUCAACGCUGUCACAUCUGUCUUCAAAUGAAGAAAGCACAAAUAAAAAAGUUCGGGCCAGCGUCCAAUCAGAAUCCAGUAAUGAAGCGAAUGAAAAUGGAAGCAGAGAUGGUACUCAUGAUGAGUCACAACAAGAGCUGGAGAAAAGUGACAUUUCAGAGCAGGUAACAGAGGGGGAGAACAGCGAGAAAGAUCUGGAGACGUCCCAGCAGAAGCACAGAGAAGAUGAUAAGUCUGACAAGCCUUCAGAAGAUGAGCAGGAAAAUGAAGAAGAGGAUGAGGAAGGGGCUAGUGGAAGUGUUGUGGGAGAUAAGGAAGUAAAAGAAGAAGGGGAGGAAAGUAGUAACAAAGAUAUAGAAGAGGAUUCUGGUGAGGGUGAGGAAGAGGAAGAUGAUGACACUGCAGAGGGAGAUGGUGAGGAGGAAACAGGCUCUGAAGAGGAAGAAGAUGAAGGCAGCAUGCUGAAAAGUACAGAGGCUGAAGGGGAGGAGGAAGAGGAAGAGGAAGGGAGCAAAGGGGACUCAAGUGAAGGAGGGAGUGACUCAGCAGAUGAAGAAGAAGUUGAAGAGUCAAGUGAAGAAGAGAAUAAAGGGGAAGAGGAAGAAAGUGUGGACGAUGAGGAAGAGGACGGUGAAAGUGGAGAAGAAGCAGGAAGUGUAGCUCAGACAGAGGAAGAGGAGGAGGAAGAGGAGGGAGAGGACAGUGAUGCCACAGCAUCUGAUUCUAAUGAAGACAAUAAAGAAGAUGAGGAAGACAAUGAGGAAGAUGAAGAGGAUGAGGGUGCAACUGAGGAAGAAGGGGAUGAUCAAGACUCCUCGGAAAGUGAGGAGGAGGAAAAGAAUUCAGAAGGAACUAAAACUACAAGUGAGGAAGAGGAGGAUGACAAGCAGGAUGAAGAUGAAGAGGACGAGGACAGUAGGGUUGAUGAAGAGGACAAGGACAGUAGGGUUGAUGAAGAGGAGGAAGACAAGGAAGAAAAAAGCGAUGAACAAGAUGAACAAGAUGAAGAGGAAGGAAAAGAAGCUGGAAAAGAAGCAUCUUCCGAAGAGGGGGAAGAUGAAGAAGGGACUGCAGAUGAGGAAGCAGAAGACGGAGAGAAAGAGGCAGCUGAGGAGGAAGAUGAAGAGAGUGAAGACGAGGAAGCAGUGGAGGAAGAAGAAGAGGGUGAAGAUGAGGAAGCAGUGGAGGAAGAAGAAGAGGGUGAAGAUGAGGAAGCAGUGGAGGAAGAAGAAGAGGGUGAAGACGAGGAAGCAGUGGAGGAAGAAGAAGAGGGUGAAGACGAGGAAGCAGUGGGGGAAGAAGAAGAGGGUGAAGAUGAGGAAGCAGUGGAGGAAGAAGAAGAGGGUGAAGACGAGGAAGCAGUGGAGGAAGAAGAAGAGGGUGAAGAUGAGGAAGCAGUGGAGGAAGAAGAAGAGGGUGAAGAUGAGGAAGCAGUGGAGGAAGAUGAAGAGGGUGAAGACGAGGAAGCAGUGGAGGAAGAUGAAGAGGGUGAAGACAAGGAAGCAGUGGAGGAAGAUGAAGAGGAUGAAGAGGGUGAAGAUGAGGAAGCAGUGGAGGAAGAAGAAGAAGAGGGCGAUGAAGACGCUUCAGAAGAGGGGGAAGAUGAAGAGGAGGAAGAACGAAAAGAGAAAAGUAAAAAUGUGGAAGAGGCCAGCGAUGAUGAGGAAGAAGAGGAGGAAGAAGAGAAGGAAGAGGAAGAGGAAGAGGAGGAAACUAAUGAUCAAGAAGAAAGUGAGGAAGAGGCUGAUGAAGAAGAAGAAGGAGAUGAAGAGGAAGAGGCUGAUCAAGAAGGAGAGGAAGUGGAAGAGGCUGAUCAAGAAGGAGAUGAAGAGGAAGAGGCUGAUCAAGAAGGAGAUGAAGAGGAAGAGGCUGACCAAGAAGGAGAAGAAGAGGAAGAGGAGGAAGAUGCAGACGAGGAAGAGGAAAAUGAAACAGAUGUUAAGCCAAAAAAGGAGACCAAACUCAGCCGUCAGGGAGAGAAAACAAAACAGAAACAAACUAAAGGAAAAAAAGCUGACGAUGAUUCUGAUGAAGAUGAAAGUGAGGAAGGGGCGGAUGAAGAAGGAGAGGAAGAAGAGGAGGAGGAGGAAGAGAUGAAAGUAAAGGUAAAAUCACCAAAUCCCAAAGUGGUCACAGCAAAGUCUCCUGCUGCCGACAGAAAAGACAAACAACAAAAGGAAAAACCGAAACCAGCACCGAGGACGAAGAAGAUAAAAGAAGAAACCCCUCAACAGUUCUGGAACGAUGUUCUGCCAAAGUACCUUGACCUGGAGUGAUGACUUUGAGUACCUCCACCUGCAGUCAUGUCUUUUAGUACCUCCACCUUAAGUCAGGUUUUGUAGUACCUCUACCUGCAGACCCGUCUUUUAGUACCAUACUUGCUUUGACUUCUUUUAGUAACUUAACCUGCAAUUAACUCCUUUUAGUACCUCAACCUGAAGUGACAUGAUUUAGUACCUCAACUUGCAGACAUGUCUUACAGUACCCUUUUCUGUACUGGCAUCUUGUUGUACCUGGACCUGUAGUGAUGUCUUUUAGUAUCUGGACCUACUGUGUCAUCUUUUAAUACUCCAAUCUGCAGUGGAGUAUUUAAGUACCUUAAAAUUGCUGUCUCUGAGUUCAUCAAAUUUCAGUUCCAUCUUUUGGUAACUAGACCUUCAGUGUUGUUUUUAAAUACCCCAACUUGCAGUAAAAUUGUCUGGUACCUUGACUUACCAUAAAGUCUU